UUUAGCAUGAAAAUGUUAGGAACUAUUUUUUCUUUGUUUUUUUUGCUUUUUCUUUUUAUGUUUUGUCUUUCGCUUCUCAAGACCCUAGGGGCAUCAGAAGAGGACAGGGGAGGGAGAACUCGGAAAAAAGAAAAUCGGGGUGCGGAAAAAAUCGAGGUAGCAAGAGAAGGAAGAAAUGGAAAAUAAACGGAGCUUUAACACGGGAAGAGGAAUAUAAGGGUAAUAAAGGAAAACGAGCUGCCACUACCUGGGAAGGAUAAGCAGUGCCCAAGGCUUUUUGACGGCCAAACAGAGAGAGAGAGAGAGA